AAAACUUGGUUCUUAAAUUCAACCUCUUCUUGCAUUGCAAAACCAUCCCUUCUUUCCCCUCAACAAGAAAAUAUUCAUAUGCAUGCAUGAUGAGUACUACUAAUCUCAUCAAAUCAAUAUUAUCAAUAACAACAUCUUUGUCUCUAACCCAAUUAAUCCCAUACCUAAUAUGUUUUCUCCUUUACCUUAUUUUCCUUGAACAGAAAUCAUACCUCACCAAAAAACGUUUCAUUCCAGGCCCAUCUUUUGUUCUUCCCUUCAUAGGCAAUGCAAUCCCAUUGGUCCGUGACCCAACAAAAUUUUGGGAACUUCAAUCAACUCUAGCCAAAUCAACCCCUUUAGGCUUUUCAGUUAACUACUUCUUUGGGAACUUCAUAGUCUUCAUUAGAGACACAGAACUCUCCCAUAAGGUUUUCACCAAUGUUAAGCCCAAUGCUUUUCAGCCCAUGGGCCACCCAUUUGGCAAGAAGCUAUUUGGUGAGCAUAAUCUUUUUUACAUGUUGGGUGAAGACCACAAGAAUAUCCGUCGUCGGAUUGCUCCCAACUUCACUCCCAAGGCGCUUUCCACCUACACCUCACUGCAGCAGAUUAUUAUUCUAAAACACCUUAAAUCAUGGGUUGAGAAAUCCCAACUCGGUGACUCUAUUCCAAUCCGUGUACUGGCCCGUGAUAUGAAUUUAGAAACCUCUCAGACUGUUUUCGUGGGGCCCUAUUUGGGCCAGAAAGCCCGAGAGAUAUUCAAACGUGAUUACUUUUUCUUCAACUUUGGUCUAACGAAGCUUCCCUUUGAUUUUCCUGGGACUGCAUUUCGUAAUGCGAAACUCGCCUGUGAUCGUCUCGCCGGAACCCUAGGUAAUUGCGCAACAAUGAGUAGGGAGAAGAUGGAGAAUGGUGAAGAGCCUUCGUGUCUCAUUGAUUUUUGGAUGCAAGCUACAAUAAGGGAGAUUGAGGAAACAAACGAUAAUGGAGUUACGGUGCCACCAUUUUCCACUGACGCUGAGAUCGGAGGUUAUCUCUUCGAUUUCCUCUUCGCAGCACAAGAUGCAUCAACAUCGUCACUUUUAUGGGCGGUGGCAUUGUUAGAUUCACAUCCGGAGGUUCUUGCCAAAGUCAGGGAAGAAGUUGCCAGAAUCUGGUUGCCAGAGUCAGACACACUAAUAACUUCGGAGCAACUAACAAAAAUGAAGUACACACAAGCAGUUGCACGUGAGGUUGUUAGGUAUAGACCGCCGGCGACUCUCGUGCCGCAUAUUACGAUAGAGACGUUUCCGUUAACGGAAUCAUAUUCGAUUCCAAAAGGAACACUUGUUUUUCCGUCGGUUUUCGAGUCAUCGUUUCAAGGUUUUACUGAACCAGAUCGGUUCGAUCCAGACCGUUUUUCAGAAGAAAGAAAAGAGGAUGAAAUAUUUAAAAGGAACUUCCUUGCAUUUGGGGUUGGGCCCCACCAAUGUGUGGGCCAGAGGUACGCUUUGAAUCAACUUGUUCUCUUCAUUUCAAUGUUCACAUCUUUGAUUGACUUCAAGAGAGAUAGAACGGAUGGUUGUGAUGAGACCGUGUAUGUUCCUACGAUUUGCCCUAAAGAUGACUGCAAGGUUUUUCUAUCUAAGCGUUGCACAAGGUACCCUUCCUUUCCUAGGGUUGGGGAGCUUAAUACAGGACCAUAAUGCUAGCUCUUGUUGUGUGUUGAUUAAAGGUUUACCAAUUUUUUUAUAUGUCAAGUAGACUGGUAAGUGGCUAAACUCACACUUUAAGUGUGAAGACGUGGGGAAUUCCUGGUUCGAAUCCCGAUUUUCCUAAUAAGUGUUGAUGUAAUUCCUAGAGGCCAAUAAGUUUUAUGACAAACUUAUAUUUUGUAUCAUGACUUUUAUUAUUGUUAUUAAUAAAUAUGAGACGUUAUU